AUGGCGACAGACGAGCAUACAGGGUUGCUGCCCAGAGUGGGCGGACGGAGUUCGAAACAGCGGGCGGUCUGGGGGUCGCUGGUGGCGCUUCUUGUGCUGGCGACGGUUGUGCUGCGGUUCGAUAUAGUGCCCAGGCGGGCGGUGGCGGGCGGAAAGAGAAACGUGAUCUUCUUCGUGACAGAUGGCAUGGGGCCUGCGUCGCUGGCGAUGACGCGCGCUUACGCGCAGGCGCAGGAGACGGACACGCAGCUGCGGCUGCCGACCUUCCAGAUGGGCUCCAUGCAGACAAGGUCCUCGUCGUCGCUGAUCACGGACUCGGCGGCAGGCGCGACGGCGUUCUCGUGCGCGAUGCGGACGUACAAUAGUGCAGUCGGCGUGGGGCCGGACGGAAGGCCGUGCGGGACAAUUCUGGAGGCCGCCAAGCUGCAGGGGUACAUGACCGGGCUGGUGGUUACGACGCGUCUCACGGACGCGACGCCGGCUGCCUUCUCGUCGCACGUGGAUCACCGCUGGUACGAGGACCUGAUUGCGGAGCACCAGCUCGGCACGUACCCUCUGGGCCGUGUGGUUGACUUGAUGAUCGGGGGCGGGCGCACGCACUUCUACGGUUCGCAAGACACGAAGUACGGCGACGGCGGAAGCAGGAAAGACGGACGCAACUUGAUCGACAAGGCGGUCGAGGACGGGUGGCAGUAUGUCGGAGAUAUGGAAGGCUUCAAGCGGCUGCAGGGUGGCCACAAUGCCAGCUUGCCGUUAUUGGCUCUGCUGGCCGACUACGAUAUACCAUUUGAUAUGGACAGGGACGACGCUGUGCAUCCAUCUUUGGAACAGGAGAUGAUGACUGCAAUCAAUGCCUUGACGGAUGCCACAAAGGACUCCGACAGGGGGUUUUUCCUGUUAGUCGAGGGUUCGCGUAUUGACCACGCCGCCCACCAGAACGAUCCUGCAGCACAGGCAAAGGAGGUCCUAGCCUUUGACAGGGCCUUCAUGAGCGCGGUGGAGUUUGCCGCCAAAUCGGACGUAGAGACGGUCUUAAUAUCUACGUCUGAUCAUGAAACUGGCGGCCUAACAGUUGGUCGGCAGGUUGGAACGGCAUACCCAGAUUAUGUAUGGUACCCAGACGUGUUGCGUAAUGCCACACAUUCCGCUGAAUAUUUAGCGCACAAACUGGUCAAUGUGCCAGCUAAUGAGAGAGAGGAUUACAUCCGGGAAAAAGUCCUGGAAAAAGGGCUCGGAAUCGAUUACUAUUCGGAGGAGGACCUCCAGGAGCUCGUAGUGUCGCGGACCACGGAUCAGAUUUUGGACAAAUUGACGCGCAUGGUUUCUCUGCGGGCGGAAAUUGGGUGGAGCACGCACGGACACACUGGUGUGGAUGUUAACGUCUAUGCUUUCGCAAACACAGGCCCUUCGUGGAAAUCCGUCCAAGAUGCUUUAUACGGAAACCAUGCCAAUGUAGACAUAGGUUCCUUCCUGGCAUUGUACCUCGACUUGGACUUGGAAAAGGUAACCGAUCUGAUUAAGGAUACCAAACAUUCCCCUUGA